CUUCGCACACACAAACAACGCGGUGGGGAGGGUAGUACUCAUAUCAGGAGACUUGUAUAUAAAGUCCGCCAACCGUGUCCAACAAACAUCAUUCAACGGGAUCGCUUCCAAUAAUCAACACUCAACAUGAAAUUCGCUACAGCUCUGGUCACUUUGGCGGUCGUAGCCCUCGUCCGGGCCGAUGCGUCCAGCGCCGACAAGAAGACGACCAAACAUGAAAAGAGGAGCUUGGGAGGUUUCGGUUCGGGACUAGUACUUUCCGGUCUCGGCUACAGCUCCGGUCUCAGCCACGGCUACAGCUCCGGUCUCGGCUACGGCUCCGGUCUUGGCUAUGGCUCCGGUCUUAGCUACGGAUCCGGUCUGGGCUACAGCUCCGGUUUGAAAUACGGUUCAGGUCUUGGCUACAGCUCCGGUCUGGGAUACGGCUCCGGUUUGAGCUCCGGCUACGGUCUGGGAUACGGUUCCGGUUCAAGCUACGGCUCCGGCUUCGGUUAUGGUUCCGGCUUUGGCUACGGUUCUGGUCUAGGAUACUCCGCUGCCGCCGCUCCCGCACCGACAACCGGCCCCAUCGUUCCAAUCUCCAAGGAAGUGCACAUCAUCAACCGACAUGCCCAACCUGUGUCCGCCCCGUACCCAGUGCCAGUAACUCACGACGUUGCCGUUCCCGUGCCACAUGCAGUACCUUACCCAGUCGACAAACCAUACCCAGUCCAUGUACCAGCCCCAUACCCAGUUCCAGUCGAAAGACCCGUCCCAUACGCAGUCGACAGACCAGUUCCCCAUCCAGUGCCAUCACCUUACCCAGUCCCAGUUGUCCGUGACGUUCCAGUUCCAGUAUCCAAGCCAUACGCAGUUCCAGUCGUCAAACAAGUUCCAGUACCAGUGGCCACUCCAGUCGUCGUGCCCGCCGUCCACCACGCAGCACCAUUGAUCUCUACCGGUUACAGCGCCGGACUUGAAUCAUCUGCAAUCGGUUUCGGUUCUGGUUACGGAUCCGGAUACGGCUCCAGCUACGGUUCCAGCUACGGAUCCGGUUACGGACUUGGAUCUUCAGCCAUCGGUUACGGAGCGUCAUCAUACGGUUCCGGAAGCUUGUACGGUGGAUCUUUGGGAUACAGCACUGGAGGUCUGUCUUCAUAUGGACACAGCGCCCACAGUUUCGAUUACAAGAAAUAAAUCUCUGGUAUGAUUCGCCUACCCAUGCAGAAAUUACACUGCAUUGACGAAGAUUAUAUUUAAGAUUUAUAUUGUAUCGUGUAUAUUGUGUAUACACAUAUUAUGUUCUUAGACAAUUAUUACAAUUUUGUUUUUAUA